AAAAUCACUGUAUAUACUCUAUGUAUACUCUAUAUUCUACAUACGUAUAUGUAUAAUGGAAUAAUUUUGUUGUGAUUGCACUGUGAUUUCAGUACUCUGGGGAUUGCUUGUACGUGCUAGAAGAACACGAAAGUCUUGUAACCUCUUGCGCAUUUUCCGAAAACAUGUCGCUUUUUAUUACAGGUGCAUUGGAUAAAACUAUCCUAAUCUGGAAAAUGCCUCAACAACUAAUUUCGCAGAAUAUCUUGAUCGAUAAUUUCAAGAGGAACAAGAAACAGGUCGCAGACUGGAGGGUCGACGACACUUUGAGAUGGCUGCACGAAAUAGGACUGUCAGCAUUGACGAAGAGAGCAAAUCUAUCGUCUCUGACUGGUCGCCGAUUGCUUACCGUCUCGGACGACCAAUUAAUACAAAUCCUACAAAUUGAACAGGACGAACAAUUGGCCGACGUAUUUAAAACUCAGUUGUAUUGGUUGAAACGCGAGGACAGCAACGUCGUAGAAGCCUCCAUAGACGAUGCUGAAAUACCUCAUGAAUUUCUAUGCCCCAUCACGCAUGAGAUAAUGAAGGAACCUGUUCGAUGCUCCGAUGGAUUCACGUAUGAGAGAGCAGCGAUAAACGAAUGGUUUCUAUGCGGAAAAUAUACAAGUCCUAUGACUAAUAAAUCUCUUCAAGACACCUCGUUUGUAUUGAACAUUGAACUUAGAAAUAUGAUAUAUACUUUUCUUCACGGUAAACGACCAGAGACUUAAGCAAGCAACAAAGCCGUGUUGGUAGUUUACAGGUUUCGUAUUAGUGCACUCAAAUUUCUACGAAUCUUACAAGAUUGCAAUGAUUUCGAUGAUAAUCAUCUUUUUUUUUUUUAUUGCCAUUUUUGAUAUGCGCGCGUAUACGCAUUCUUUCGAUAUCUUCUUGGCACAUCAAGGUUUGCAACUUGAAUUCGUUAUCGAGUGUACAGGAGAAUAUUUGAUUGAGACACAACACGACUAGAUAUUAACGUAUGGCACCAUGCACACAUGAUUCAAUGAAAAAGGACCAACAACGUUACCCAAAUGUACGCACAAAGAUUGCUUAACGAACACAAUGAUUAAACUGUUAGCAUUUCUAUUUGAACAUUUUUAUCGAAAUUCUUUCAGUGGAUAAAUUGUAUGCACUUUUGUUCCAUAAACGUAUUAAACAUACAUAUGUUUCAUAAACGAUAACUUGAUAACUACGUACGAUAUACGUACAUACAUACAUUCAUAAAUACAUACAUACAUGUACUGGAUAUAUUUACGAUAGAAAAAUGAUGGCACCAUUUCGAAUAAUAGAACGUCUUAUGAAAUCGUAAAACGAAGUUGAUUACCUGUACAAGUACAAGUAAGUACUAUGCGGAUAUUUCACUCUAUAUUUUCACUUUGCAUUUUCACUCUGUAUUUUCAAAUUGAUACGAUACAUCGUUAUAUUUACGGUAAACAAUAUUGUAAAAGUUCCAAUAUUAUACAAUACUUAAUUUAUACAGUAUAAUAUACAGUAUGAAAUUGUAAAACAAAAAUUUACA